CCACAGAGAAGAUGUUAGUCACUCAAUUCAGCUGCAUUACUCCGUCAGGUGUGGUCCGGGUUGGGACGCCGGCCCCAGAAACACUAACUGGAAAGUGAAUUAACCCCGUUUCGGAUUUAAUCCCGGAACAUGACCCCGGGAACAAUAACAGCCGCCAGAGAAGCCGACGCGACCCGCAGUUGAGCAUUUCGGUGAGUGUCAUUCUGAACAUGGACCAAACGGUUAAGAAGCAGGAGACUCUAUUGAGACUACAACAGAGAGGACUUGUCAUUUUGUACAGCAAUCAGAGGAAGUGAAAUAAAGGGACUGGAUGAAGACAUUUUAUUGGACGUAACCGUUACAUAGCUGAUGUGUGCAUUAAAAAAAGAACUGCUCUCUGUGGGAUCUGAGCGCAUCUUGUCGUACAAAUGAUGAGUGUGCAGUCAAGGAAAGGACUCUAAUGCUUAAACUGGAUUAGUCGGCGUGCACUGGAAAACCCACUUUAAUGCAACUGGCACAGCAGCAGUCGGCAAACGCCAAUCCUCUCAUCUUGGGGACUUGGAUCUACAACUCUCAACAUCUUGGCUUGUAGUUCCAUGUGAAAGGACAUGUUCAUCACUGCCAAGUAAUGAGCAUGGUCCAGUUGCCAUCUAACAUGGGAAUCUAAUCUGACUACUGCCAAAGGAAAAAGAGUGUUGAGUGAUUAUGGAACCCAAAGCUGACAGUAUACUUAAUGGGUUGUAAAAUUUGUAUGUCAUGAGCUGGAAAUCCCCCACUGGAGUGUAUACUGGGAGCAACUGGAGAUAAGCUGGGACCACAUGCCAUUUAGCAGUCAAGUGUCGAUCACAAAUGCAGAAUGCUCCAUAUUCUGUGAGCCAACCUUGCACUAUGAAACUAAAGAAGAUGAUAUGAACAUUUAAGCUGUACCUCAAGCAUAGACCAAAUCUAAAACUGGGAAAAAUCAACUGGAAAAGUAAUUUUCUUGUUCUGGGAAUGCUUCUAUUUUUUGGAGAAAGCUUUGCGCUACUCUGAACUUGUAACAUUUGUAAGAGAUACGUUUUAUUUGUAUUUGGGACAUUUGACCAUCAUCCCUAGUGCCCACUGACAAAAUAAGGAGAAACUGUUUAAACCAGCUACGUGGUAAUAUGGCCGGGAAGGACUACAAUCAUCUCUUCAAACUGCUCAUCAUUGGAGACUCCAAUGUGGGGAAAAGCAGUCUUCUGCUCCGCUUUGCAGAUAACUCCUUCUCCGGCAGUUACAUCACAACCAUCGGUGUGGACUUCAAAAUCCGGACAGUGGAUAUUGACGGGGAGCGAGUCAAACUCCAGAUCUGGGACACAGCGGGCCAGGAGAGAUUUAGAACCAUCACAUCAACGUACUACAGAAACACCCAUGGUGUCAUCAUUGUUUAUGACGUGACAAAUCCAGAGUCCUUUGUAAAUGUUAAGAGGUGGUUGAAUGAGAUCUCCCAGAAUUGUGAUAGCGUCUGUAAGAUCAUGGUGGGUAACAAGAACGACGACCCAGCCAAGAAGCAAGUAGAAACUGGGGAUGCGAUGCGUUUUGGGGAGUCUGUGGGGGUCCGCGUAUUCGAGACCAGUGCCAAAGAGAACAUCAAUGUGGAAGAGAUGUUUAUGGCCUUCACUCACAUGGUCCUCCGUGCCAAGAAACAGAGCCAGAAUCGUGCGGAGAGGGAAAGGGAGAGAGAGGACACAGUCCACAUCAAUGCUCAGAGAGACCGAGACAGGAGGAAAAGAGGAAGGAAGUGUUGCUGAGAGAUGCAAGCUUCCAAACGAAUACGCUUAUGAGAAACAAGAUGGGGGAAAAUGUUGCCUUAUGUGAUCAGUUUGUAUUUGCAGAUGAAUGUUAAAGAAAAAAAUAAAAAAUAAAGUUUACUAAGCCAAUUCCAUUAAAGCACCAGAAAAGCUGCAAUGACUGGUACAAAGGCCAAAGGUUCAAAGAGACUAUUAUAUUGAUUGUAUCUCAAAGACCAGAAGUUAUGUUAACUUUGCACUGAGAGGGGGAGCGGAACAAUAAAACCACUUUACUUUUUUCCUUUUUUUUUUCCUUUUUUUUUUUUAAAGGUCAGUUUGCAAAUUGUGUUUUUGUUAUGAAUUGGUGUCAACUUUUAACUUCUAACCUAGAGGAGACUAACAGACUGGAAGGGUCCUUUUGAGUACAGUUCAAGCAUAUGCUUUUUAUAGAAAUUGGUCAGUAAUUCAGAAAAAGGUUUAUCAUCAAAUCUUAAUGCAAUGAAAUCCUAAUUGUAAUUUGUGAUUAGAGUGGUGUUUGUUGUAAUGCUAAAUGUUGUCACCAAUAUGUCCAACUUCAAAUAAAUAUAGCAAUAAAGCCGGUAUAUCUGUGG